GGGGCGUGAUGACGCAGGACGUGCGCUCGGUGGCUCAUAGGGAAGAUGGCGGCUACUCUUUUGGAGGAGUGGGAUUGAGAGGGGCGGAGGGAGGAGGCCAGACAGGAGAGACAUUCCCAACGGUGAAGACGAACACUUCGCUCGCCAUCCAUUAGGAGCUCUGCUCAGCGCCAGAGGUGUCCUAGAACGAAAACAUCGCCAUGGCUACAGAAAUUGGUUCUCCUCCUCGUUUUUUCCAUAUGCCAAGGUUCCAACACCAGGCACCUCGACAACUGUUUUAUAAGCGACCUGAUUUUGCACAGCAGCAAGCAAUGCAACAGCUUACCUUUGAUGGAAAACGAAUGAGAAAAGCAGUAAACCGAAAAACCAUCGACUAUAAUCCUUCUGUAAUUAAGUAUUUGGAGAAUAGAAUAUGGCAAAGAGACCAGAGAGAUAUGCGGGCAAUUCAGCCUGAUGCAGGUUAUUACAAUGAUUUGGUCCCACCUAUAGGGAUGUUGAAUAAUCCUAUGAAUGCAGUAACAACAAAGUUUGUUCGAACAUCAACAAAUAAAGUGAAGUGUCCAGUAUUUGUUGUUAGGUGGACUCCAGAAGGAAGGCGGUUGGUCACUGGAGCUUCUAGUGGAGAGUUCACCUUGUGGAAUGGACUCACUUUCAAUUUUGAAACAAUAUUACAGGCUCACGAUAGCCCAGUGAGGGCCAUGACUUGGUCACAUAAUGACAUGUGGAUGUUAACAGCGGACCACGGAGGAUAUGUGAAAUACUGGCAGUCGAACAUGAACAACGUCAAGAUGUUCCAGGCACAUAAGGAGGCGAUUAGAGAGGCCAGUUUCUCACCCACGGAUAAUAAAUUUGCUACGUGCUCUGAUGACGGCACUGUUAGGAUCUGGGACUUUCUUCGUUGCCAUGAGGAAAGAAUUCUCCGAGUAUUCACAGAUAGCAGUACCUGCAGUCAGACCACCGGGAACACACCUGUAGUCGAACAAGUUGGAUUUACUAUUUGUCUCAGCGAAGAACAUAGACCACGGGGGAACAGUGGGGUCUCUCAGUAAGAGGGUGUUAUAAAGGUUGUAUUGGAGGAUUUGGACUUUGGGAAAUUGGGGUGAGGGUUCAAGAAAGUGACGGCUGUCCCUCUUUUAGCAGAGAGGUUUGGUAUUUAGUGGGUUGUGCAGGAUGUUGUUUUUGUCUCACUUCAUCCUGGUCUCAGAAUGACUUAAUGACGUACAGAUGUUUAGUGAGUUUAUCCAACAGGAGAACAGAAUGAUUUAGCUAUAAGUGUCAGAUCAGUUUGUAAUAACAUUUGAGGCUUAGCUGUUAGCAUCAGAUUAGUUCUCAGAGGUUAGGGACUGCUUUUUUUUUCCCCCUCCUCCAAAGCAUUUAAGUCCCACUGGGUCUUACUAUAUAGGGACCAGCUGGGGAAGGUCAGGAUUUAGUAGCAGUGACAAUAGGCCCAUCACUGGAACAAGCUGCAGUGAUACUGACAGGUACAUUUUUACAAAACUGUAAUUGGGAAGCGUGUCAAUUGUUAGCUGCCUAGAAGUAGUUAAGAGGUUUCCCCUACUCUGUUAAAGUAGGACACAACUUGCUAACGGAUGCACAAAAUAAAUAGAGGCACAGCACAGAGGCUCCCAGAUGCAGUUCAGGGCCACCAGAACUGGGUGCUGAGAUGCUGAGCGGAGUUCCGGGGGAAGGGGCUUGCUGGCAUCCCUCUUGUUGCUCAGGGUGGCCACUGCCUCUGGAGUGGCUUUGCUGCAAAACAAGCACCGUUUGCCUUUUUUGUAAAAGUGAAAAUCCUCUUUGGAUUUUUUUCUGAUAGGAGAAAUAGGUACAGGCAUACCUUGUUUCAUUGUGCUUCGCAGGUGGUGCGUCUUUUACAAACUGAAGAUUUAUGCCUGCGUCAAGCAAGCCUAUUGGCACCAUUUUCCAGCAGUGUUUUUUAAAUUAAGAUCUGUACAUUUUUUUAAACAUACUGCUGUUGCACACUUAGUGGACUUAUAUGUUAACAUAACUUAUAUGCACUGGGAAGCCAAAAAUUCAUGUGCUUUGCUUAAUUACAGUGUUUGCUUUAUUGUGGUCUGGAACUGAACCCACAAUAUCUCAGAAGUCUGCCUGCACUAACACAGGUCUCUCAUCAAAGUGAAGCUGUGUAAAGCGAGCUUUGGAAAAGUAGGGGUACCUGUAAUGGGUAAAACACACUCUUUUUAAGAAACAAAAUGAGUGAAUUUUCUUGCAUUAAUCUUUCUGGGGACCCUAAAGUUUAUCCUCCUAAAUUCAGUGUCUAGGGAUUAGUUCUUUCUUUACAUACGGGAAGAGCCAGCUGUUUAUUUUCUGUAUUGUCUAUGCUAAUAUAUAGCAGUACAUAUCAAAGAGUUCUAAAGGCUUUCAGACUUAGGAACACUGUUAAAAACCUUCCAGUUUAAAAUUAUAAUAAUAGUAAAAUUCUUCUCAGGUUGACCUAAGACCAAAAAAAAAGGGGCCAUGUUUUCAUAGCUCCACUCUAGUUUUAGUCACUGCCAUCAAAAAUCACUGAAAAGAAAUUUACAUUUAAUUUCAUUUAUUCAGAUAAUUGCUAUGUACUGUGGGCCAGGCCCUGGAUAUGGAGGAGGGAGUCCAUCAGUCCUGUCUUUAUGAGCAUACAAGUGAUAGCUGGAGAGCUUUUUUUUUUUAAGCAUCACUUAAUGCUAUAUAUGUAUAUUUUAACGCUAUCUUAAUUUCAUAUAUAUUCUAAAAGCACUGCAUUAUUGUGUGAUGGUACAUAGAAAAAUAUCCUUGUGAUUAAUGAGGUAGUUCUUAAAGUUCUUGUGACUUUAAAAGUGUUAGCUUUUUAAAAUCAGAUAUUUUGGGGGCAUCUGCUCAUGGAAGUGUGGAGAUAACAUUUUAAAACGUGGAGGUCUUGAGAACAAAAUUUGUUUCCCAGAAAAAUGCAAGAUAACCUUCUGUUGUAUCUUCACCUUGAAUAAUAUAUUCUCCUUCAUAAUGAAUCUUUAUCAUUUGGUAAAUAUUGAGUAAAUUUUAAAACUAGAAAAGCUAGGUUUGUAAUUAAGAGUUGACUGUGGUACUUAUGAAAAGUCUAGCGCACAUUUGGAUGGUGUCACAUGAUUAGAGUUCCAUUAGACAAGCAGCGCACGGCGCAGGUCCUGGUCUCUGGGUGGUGCUGUGAGUUCUGCCAUUGGUCUGUUGAGUUUUCCUACAGAAACAAAGAAUAUAAUCAUGUUUUGUCAUUGAAAUCUCUGUGAUAGCUUUGAAGGUUUAUGAGAACCUUAGAAAACUUUAAGAAAGAAUUUAGAUGGCAGAAUUUCUGACAGCUUGAUGCUCUGGAGAGAGCAGUAGUAGCACGAGAAUGUGGUUAAUUUGGACCAAACUGAGGAUGAUGACUUUACAGAAUAAGAUUUUUUUCCUGAAGAAAAAUGUGUUCAAUUGAAGUCUUAAACAGCCUGUAAUGAACUAUCAUUUAGAUUUUAUUUAGUAAGUACAGUACAUAUUUUUACAUGGGAAAGGCAUUUCCGAGUUGCCACAGAUUUCAGAUUAGUAUGUUACCAUUUUUAUCUUGGUCUAAAUCACAUGUAAAUGCCAGAAUGCAUCUUUAUGUACCCGAGGCACAAAGGUUUGUGGCACAUUGUCUUGACUUAAAGUGUCCAGAUAAGGUUUUGCAUUUUGAAAUUAAAUCCAUCUGGGCAGCAAUCCACUUUCCUGAUCCCCACAAGAUUCCCUCUUCCUGUUAUUCACCGUAACCAGUAGAUUUGCAUUUAUGUUUUCUUUGUAACUAUCCACUUACCAGGAGGGUUGAGGUAGGGUAGCACCAGUUUACUCUGUCUUCAUAGUCCGUGAUGAGCAAGUAUAUUUGCAAUACACCAUUUUUUUUCCUGUAAGAAGGGAGGAGUCAAUUUUCUGUUUUGUGUAUUGUUACCUUUAAAAUGAAAUGAUAGACUAGAGUGUAAUUGCUGUUUACAGUGGUUAAGUGACAAGGAAGAAAAAGCCGUUAAUGUUAUCCAACCUCUUCUCCAGCUGCUCCAAAAUUCUAGGUACAGUCAUAGUUUCUACUUAGGGCAAUCUUUGUUUUUCCUGUGGGGUUUUCAGCAUGACUCAUUUGAGAGCAGCAGGUCUGGCUUUGAGUGCCAGCUCUGCAAGUCAGUCUCUCUCAGUGUGCAUUUCCUCCUCUGUACAGUGGGGCUCACGGUACCUACCUCACAGGGUUGUUGUGAGGGUCCCAGAAGUACAUAGAAAGCACUUGUCAUGUUGCAGACGUGAAGUAGAUGUUCAUUGUGUAAGUCAUAUAUAUGCAAGGAAAGAUGAAUUGAGUAGGAAAGAUACAAAGGGUUUAUCUAUGAGGAGAUUGGUAGAUCAAGAACCUAGAUGGGCUGUCAUAUAUUGUUACCCUGUUUUCAGUGGUAGUUCUUAGCUUAGAAGUGUCAUUGAUAAAAUUAACUGUAUUGUAAGCCAUAUUAAAUAAAUAACAUUAUAUUGAAAUGGAAGUAUGACUUAUUUUUAAAACUUUAUACCAGUCCUCAGACUUUACUUCCACUGGCAUCUCAGGACCACAGCAUGACCUAAGACAGUACUUCACCCCCACCUGUCCCCGUUCUUUUCCCUUUUUUGGUUGCUUGCUUGUUUGGUUUUUGAAUGGAUAAUAUAUU